AUGGACGUGGAUUUGCUCGGCGACGACAUCCCCACUGCGGCCACUCCAUCAACUGCCCAGCGGACACUAACCCCGCCCUUUGGUAUUCCAUUACGAACCUCUCUCGACGACCUCCUGCUUCUCUGCGACGAAGACACUCAGGAUGGGAAAUUGCAGCCGGCAAUGCAACCCCAGCGCAAUUCCACUGGGGACCAGAUACUCUCCAGCACAAGCGACCCUGCUGGUUUGGACGAAGAAGAGACCGAUGAUUUCGGGGACUUUUUACAGGGCAAUCAGGAUUCGAGCGAAUUCACUAGCGGCGCAGUGAGCGGAAAUGCGUUGGGACUUAAAAUGGGAGAUUUGAAAGUGAACGAGAAGCUAAAUACAAAGCUUAUGGAGUUUUUACCGCUGAAGCUGCGACCGCCGAAGGAUGGAGUUGUGUGUACUGGGCCUAGGCCGAGCACGGUCAGAGAUCCCAAGGAUGCCGCUGCCGAGGAAAUACUAGGCUGGAUGGCAGCAGCAGCAGCACCAAUUCCAGCUGGCGGUAGUGAUGCAGGGGCGGGUGAUGCGAUUGGUGAUGCUUGGGAGACCGCAGCUGGUCUGCUGGGCGGCAGCCACUUGGGACACCACAUUGGAGAAAUCGCAUCCAGACUCUGCAACGUAAUACCUGCGGAUACUCCAGCAGCAGAGCAGGUUACGUAUGAAUUGAACCAGGUCGAUGGCUCUGGUGGUGUUGGACUGGUUGAGUCUCCUGGUCCUUGGGAGUCGCUAGCAGGCAAUUUAGAGUCCGGGUUGCAGGAUAUGCAGAACAAGAUCUUGAGCACUGUAUCCGGAGUAUUGUUUGGCCUUGGGCCGGGUCUUCGGAAUUGA